CCAAGAGACAAGUAGGAAAGGAUUUUAUGGCUGCAUUAGAGAGGCAGAUAUUUGACUUUCUUGGCUUCCAGUGGGCUCCUAUUCUUGGAAAUUUUCUACACAUAAUAAUCGUCAUAUUGGGUUUGUUUGGAACUAUCCAGUUUAGGCCUCGAUAUAUAGUUGUGUACACGGUGUGGACUGCCCUCUGGGUCACCUGGAAUGUUUUCAUUAUCUGCUUCUAUUUGGAAGUAGGCGGGCUUUCUAAGGAAACUGAUCUCAUGACCUUUAAUAUUUCAAUGCACCGUUCCUGGUGGCGAGAGCAUGGGCCAGGCUGCAUAAGGAGAGUGGUGCGCCCUUCAGCCCCUGGCAUCCUAGAUGAUUACUCCUACGUCUCUGUGACGGGCUGCAUCAUUGACUUCCAGUAUCUUGAAGUCAUUCACAGUGCCAUCCAAAUAUUACUGUCUUUGAUUGGUUUUGUGUACGCCUGUUACGUGAUCAGUGUUUUCAUGGAAGACGAGGACAGCUUUGAUUUCAUAGGUGGACUUGACACAUACUGCUAUCAGCAAACCCCCCUGGAACAUGUUGAGUUAAAGCCUGUAAAGCCAGUCGAACUAAGUAGUGAAUAAUGACUCAGCACUGCUGCUGUUGCUGAGGAAACAGACUUCAGAAGAAAAGACCCAACUUUGUGAAGAGUCACGUUCUAUAUUUCUCACAGUGUGUGUGGAUUGCUCUUCCCACAUGACUGAAUCAUUCAGUCACAGCCUCAGUACCAUUAUCAUCAUUGUUAUUAGAUGGAUACUUGUAGAUGAUCUUGGAUUUUUUAAUUAGUACUUAUAUGGACACUUGUAAAUUGUAAAUUGUUUCCUUUUUAAAUUUUGUUUUUUUACAAUACCUAUUGUUAAGGCAUGACAACGAAACAACUUAUGAAAAUGAUGAGAGAAGAAUGUGUGUUUUUCAAGAAACUAAAUAUUUCUGGACUGUACAAUCAUACUGUGCCUGGCAAAGAUAGUGUUAGUAAAAGAUAAUAUGACUCCAGAAUACAUGUCAGGGGUCAGAUACUUGUAGUGUAAUAUGGACUGUCUUCAAUAACAUAGCAGACUUUCAGGAAGUCUGCACCUCAUGUUGAUUGAGCUACUGUAUGCAGUAGAAACUGAUCAUUCUUUUCCAGAUAUCCUAAAUACCAACGUGCUUGUCUAAAUAUUCGUAUAUGGGGUUUUUUUUUCAUCUCCUCCCCUGCACCCACAACAGUAGCUAUCUGUGAGCUGAAGAGAAGUGAAAUUGAUGUUCUCUGUUGAUGUCAUUCUCCAAGAACCCUUAAAACCAGGGCUCUUUUAGAUAUCUGUAAUUUGCACAUUUUUUUGUUUGUUUUUACUCUUUUCUCCUCAUCCCAGAAAGAAACCAAGCAUGAAUGUACAAUAUAAGCACUAACUACAGCCUUAGAAGUCUCUGGGUGUAGAUUUUGCUCUCGAUUUAAAAGUAAACAAGAAAAUGUGGAUAUGAAAAUGUGUAUAAAAAUUUAUAAAGCUACCUGUAAAUACUUAUUGACAAAGGACAUGUAUGUAAGUGUGCGGCAUUUUGUUUUAUGUUUGAUCACUACUAGUUUAAAAAAGAAAAGUCAGACACAAAAGCUACUUUCUGUGGGGAACUGACAGUCUUUUUAACAAGACUUUUUUCAUUUUUUUUAAUUAAUUGUGGUUUAAAAUAUCACACAAGACACAAUCCCAAGAGAGUGAAAUCCUCUGUUUCUCCACAGAAUCAGUAUUUCAUCAGCAGCAGGAUCACAAGCUUCCUCAUAAAGGUCUGACAGGCUGCCUCAAAUUUUGGAAGGAAAACCUGUAGGGCUAUGAGAGUGCUUCCAUCUUUGUGCUUACUCUUUGAUGGAACUGUCAGGAGGGAUGGUAUGUGUGAUAUACACACCUCACCUGGCCCCAAGAACUGGACUGAGGCCACCACAUUCUUUCAUACAAGGCACAAACAGUCGUAAGAUGCUAGUGACUUCUGAUUGGUCAUCAAUCGGCUGAGGCAUCCAGUUCUUCUAUUACUUGUCUUCUGUGACGCUUACUUCACUUGCAUUGUCUGUUACUGAAAGGUUACAUCUAGGUUCUUUACAUUGGAAUCUAUAUUUGUGCUAUUUACCAACAAGAACCUAGUCAGAAAGUCAGCAAACACAAUGAAGGAGCUGUCUGUCAUUUUUAGAGUGUUAAGCUUGGAAGCUCUGGUGGUGCUUGCCCACUUCUGACAUUCAGCUCAACCAAAGACCUCACUCUGUCUUGUGAAGAAACAUAUCCUGCAGUAAUUCACAUAGGCUACUUUUUCCUGAAACUAUGUAUGAAACGUGCCAAGCCAAUAAUGACAAUGCAAUAAAAUCACUUUUCAGUCUUUUCUAUGACUAGGUAGUACAGGAGUCUCAGAGGAGUUGCCAUGUUAGUCUGUAACUUAAAAUAAAACUUUAAAAACAAGGUAGUAAAGGAUAAUAUGCACUGCUAGAAGUCAGUGCCAAAAAAGGGGAUAUUUUGUGCAAAAUAUAUUACCACACUUCACUGAGUCUGUUCCCCUGGUAGGUAUUUAGUUUGCCCUGUCUUGAAGUCCUAGUCUUCUGAAAAUGUCAAAAUGGGUAUUUUGUCACCAAACUAAUAAGAGAAAAAUGUCAUUUUAAGACAACACAACUGGACCUCAGAAGAUCAAACUAAAGAACUGAUAAUAUUUCUAAAUCACUUAUCAUUUGAAAAAUAUGCCCCUCCAUAGGUUUUAUUAUUUUAGUGAAUAGUGGUAUGCAUGAUAUAGUUUCUUAUUCAUACAGUCUGAUGUAACAACCUAUAGGAAUAUGACACAGCUAACAGAUGCUUACCACUUUCUAUUAUCUAUGUCAGUGCAUUUCAGAGUCUAGGAUUUUUUUUAAGUGUUGUUAAAAGUGCUUGAAUAGUCCACUUUUUCCUUGUAGAGUUGUUCAGCACAUAUUCCUACAGUUCCACCGCUGGCCAGAUGUACACUAGAUAUGGAAGGGUGGCUUAAGGUACUCAACUCGAGCUAUUUAAAUAAUGUAGCUGGAGUUGGCUUACCGUAAGCCAAGAUUGACGCCAUAUUCACAAUGGGAGGCCAAAGGGAGCAAACGCUCCUAUUGGCUUCCCUUGAGAGGAGUAGCAGCACUGACCAGAGCUGCCUUGGUCAUAACUAGACCUGCUAAAUCGAAUGCCAGAUGAUAGAUCUCCAACAUGUAAGUAUAGAUGUAGCCUCACUUGCUGGAGCGUUUGUCCAUCCCCAGGAGCAGUUUUUCACUCCAGUGUUUAGCUACAUGCACUCUUCAUUCCAUCGGCAGCAAGGACAAGGUCACACCUUUGACUGCCAUGUAGACAUACCAUACAGUAUGUUUACAUACAGUAUGUUUUUCUCCUACUCUAAUUAUAAGGAAAAGCUGGUCCCAAAUACCGAUGUUAGCAAACUUGGAAUUUUUAAUGGCACGCACUGUAUGCUUCUCUGUGCCAGGCUGUUUCAUUUCCUUUCACUUUAGAUUUAUCUGAUUAGAAAAAACCAACCCAGCAAUCUAUCAAGGGCCUAUAACAGUGUUUGACAAUGGCAAACUAAAAUUGACAUCCCAAACUAAUUGGCCUGCCUCCUUCUAGAAUCUGUCUAAUUUAGUUUAAUUAUAAUAAAUUACAAGCUGGGAGCUGUUUCGUGCACUGAAGAAGUUUUUUCCAACACAGUAAAACACUAAAUAUUUACAUACCUUGUUUCUAUAUGCCUUCUUUGAAAAACCACUUCAGCGCUUAUUCAGCAAAUAAAACCUUUGACCAGAAAACAGUUGUUUAAAAGUCGUCACUCCAGAUCAUUUGCAGUGCUGUAGUUGUGAUAGCCCCAGGAUAUUAGAAAGGUAAGUAGAGUGUGAUAAUAUCUUUUAUUGGACCAACUUUAGUUGGUGAAGAAAGUUGGUCCAAUGAAAGAUACUACCUCUCCCAUCUUGUCUCCAGACCUUCAUUCGUCAUUUACAAAUUUGUGGUUGGACACUGCAAAGUUCUCAGCAUUCUCAAAUCACAUUGAAGUCAGUGUAAGUUAAUGGCAUUCAGCCAUUCAUGUCAUCAUUGUAGGUGUCUUUACCAUAAUUUGGCUAAACUUUUUAUCUACUGUAUAAAUAAUAAUAAUUAGUUCUUAUUUGCAGAUAAACUCCAAUUAUUGAUAACUAAAAUUCUGAAAGAUCUAUCAUUCAGAAAUAUCUCCCCCAAAUCAGUAUUUUGUCUUCCCAGAAUUCUGAUAUAUCCCCCUCAUUGAAGUGUAGAACAACAGCCUUGUGAGACAGGUAUGUAAAUAGUAUUAACCUCAUUUUACAGAUGAGAAAGUUCAGUGUAUCUUUUGGAUGCAUUUGUGUGGACAGCAUACUUAAUUCAGACAAAAUGGCAUUUACAUAUAUUUCCACUACGUUUGCUUUUCUGGUCUUUUUUCCUUCACUGCUCAACACUUCUCUGAUGUGUUUCAGUUUCUAAAUAUCUCUGUAUUGUGACAUUUAUUUGGAGAAGGGUGCCAAUAAUGCUGUUACAAAGCUAAGAACUGUAGCCCAUGGAAAAUGAUUCCAUUGCAUGACAGAGUAAUAAUUAUUAAGACUGACUCUUUGCAAUGAAUGCAAAGGCAGCAUGCAGAGCAGACAAGCUAGUUCUGAGUGAGACAGGUAGGGGAGUAACACAAAGCAAAAGGAUCUAGGCUGGAAAAACAGUAAUAGGGGAUCAAAUUAAUCUCAGGUGUAAUUCCAGUGAAGUGGCAAGGAGUUAGAAAAGGGAAUUAAUAUGGCCCCAGGCAUCUUGUGUUCCUUCUAAGUCCAUAGAUUAUUUGUAUUGAUCAUUAUUUGACAGCAUUCUUUACCUCACUGUUUGGUGACUGUUUCCAAAUUAUAGUACUUCUCACUGUAAUUUCUGUUUCUUGCAUGUUCAUUACAUGUAAUGUUUAUGUUUGUGUCUCUGCUUUUAAACAAAUUAAACAUCUAGAUCUAAUCCUGAUUUCCCCAACUUUCACUUGCAUCUACCCAUCAGUUCCACUUAGCAUGAGAUUGUAUUAAGUGCUUCUUGUUGUAAGUCUCCGGGGAAUAUUUGCCACUGUGUAUGUCUGUUGUCAUUCAAGACCAGCACCAUAAGUGGCAGUUGCACCAUUAAAUGACAGCCAUGGCCCAACCAGGAUUGAGUUGUUCUCAUUGUAUUGCUAGUGCCACAAAGAAUUAUUGAACAGUGUCCACAGUUCGUUGGGUACUUAAUUCCAGUCCUACACAGCCGUGUUUUCAAAAUACUUGUGGACACACAUAGCCCAGGCGAAACCCACUGAAAUGGUUUGAGUUAGUUACACCUGAGAUUAAUUUGGCCUAAAGACACUACCAUUAACCUAGUCUCAGUUGUUACAGGUAAAUAGUGUACCCAAUCAAUUUAUAUGGUGUCAUAAUGAUGGAGAAAUGACAGCAUUGCCUAGCAUGUGGCAGGCAUGUUGGCUGUAAGCCAGUCGGUAUAAGCCAGUCGGUAUAAGUCCAAGGGUAUAAGUCAGUACAAAUGUUGGUUCAUAGUUUUAAGUAAAAUAAAAAAAUGCAUUUAGUUUGCCACUACAGAAUGUUUACAUAAAAUCUCCUGUGCUGCAGUAUCUGUAGGCAGAACCAAUGCACUACAGUGAAGAAGAAUUGAGUUCUGUGUCCUGUGGCAAAUUCAGCCAAUAAAUAAUUCAAGCAACCACAUUAUGAUAUUAGUAACUUAUAGUAAAGGCCAGUGCUUCCUGUAAACUGAGUACUUGUGCAGCCACCCAGGAAUUAUUCAAAUGCCACCCAGCUCAUUAGCAGAGUGCCCACAGCCAGCAGCAUGUGUUUGUACUAGUGAUGCCAAGCCACACAGGCCUCGGUGCAUGUAACAAAAUUUAUUUUACAUAUAGAUGGAAAAAAUUAGAGGGAACAUUUCCAAAGACUUAGUUGAUUUUAUACCAUCAGUACAGCCCCCUGGACUUCAGGUCUGCCAAAGCCCCCAGCAUAAAUCAGAGCAGACUCAAUUGCCCUAAGAGACUUAAAAAGUAUGAGAAAGAAAAUCUGUGGAGUAUAGGUAGACCUGCCCUUUUCCUCCCUGUGUCAGUGGUGGC